AGCAUUAUCACACCAGCUUCUUCUCUCUAACCUAGUAUAUUUAAAAAUUAAAGAAUGGUUUGUUUAUAUAAUAAUGGUUACUUGUCAAUAUUGUUGUUGUUACUUGCUGGACUGAUGGUGGUUGCAAAUUGUGGAAAUUUCAACCAAGAUUUCGACCUCACUUGGGGCGAAAACCGAGCAAAGAUCUUCGGUGGGGGCCAGCUUCUUUCUUUGUCUCUCGAUAAGGUUUCCGGUUCCGGUUUUCAGUCCAAGAAAGAGUAUUUGUUUGGUCGGAUUGAUAUGCAGCUUAAACUUGUUGCCGGCAAUUCUGCUGGCACCGUUACCGCAUACUACUUGUCUUCUCAAGGGCCGACGCACGACGAAAUCGACUUCGAGUUCCUAGGAAACGUGUCGGGUGAUCCAUACAUCCUCCACACUAAUGUCUUCACACAAGGCAAAGGAAACAGAGAACAACAAUUCUAUCUCUGGUUCGAUCCGACACGAAACUUCCACACAUAUUCAGUCAUAUGGAACUCUCAGAACAUUGUUUUCUUGGUGGACAACACUCCGAUAAGGGUGUUCAAGAACAGCGAAUCGGUCGGUGUACCGUACCCGAAAAGCCAACCAAUGAGAAUAUACUCGAGCCUAUGGAACGCCGAUGACUGGGCGACAAGGGGUGGCCUUGUGAAAACGGAUUGGUCCAAAGCACCAUUCACGGCGUAUUACCGCAACUUCCUCGUGCAAACGGGCGGGUCGAAAUUCUCAAACGGGGCGUGGCAGAAUCAAGAACUCGACGCUUACAGCAGGAGAAGGCUGAGAUGGGUUCAGAAGAAUUUCAUGAUUUACAAUUAUUGCACCGAUUUUAAAAGGUUCCCUCAAGGCUUUCCCUUGGAAUGCACCCACUGAUAUAUAAAUGUUAGGCUGUUGAAGUUUCAUUUAAUUUCUUGUACACCAUGCAAAUAAAAUGGAAAUAAUUGGUUUGUAGCUAGAUAUCAAUCUUUCCACA